UGUGUGUGUGUGAAGGGAGAGAGAGCACGCGUGGGGAGGUGGUGGGGUGGGAGUGUGCGCGCUCAGGAAGUGAUGUAACGCACUCAGGGGGCUUGCUGAGUCAACGCGGCAUUGGCGUCUGCGGCCACUCCUAAAGCAGCUCGCCUCACUUCGUCCGUCGUCGAUCUUCUGCUGCUGCUGCUGCUUCUUCUUCUCCUGCGCAGCGCCCGUGUGGGGACGGACAGACGUUGGCCAUCAACUCGACUUCAGGAGGCGACCGGCGUCAUAUCUCGCUCUCUCCUCCGUCCACCGGGCAAACAUCCCUCCCACCCCACCCCCAUGCACUUGCCCAUCGCAUCCCUCCCUCCCGUCACCUCGUCGUUAGCAAGUGCACAUCUUUUUAAUCUGUUGCGCUGGUGGGCGGAACGUGCUGCGCAAAUGAGACCAACGCUGGUGCCGUAGGGCGCAGAGACAGAGAGAGAGAGGGGGGGGGAAGGAGACGACACGAAGCCUUUGUUGGUGCAGGGGAGCGGCAAAGGUUUGUCGGAGAGGACCCCCUGAGAGCUUGGUGUCGGAAUACGGCAACGGACAAAAAAAGGAGAAUCGGCGGUGACGGCAGCGGCAGUGACAGCGGCGGCCACGGCGGCGGCGGCACGUGUCACGAGGGAAGCCAACGAAACGACAUCCCCGUGGGGUGGUAGCCACGUGCGUCGCCGGGGCUGUUGAGUGCGCGCGGAGCCUCCACCCCCCUCCCACCGAACCUGGCUCGGAAUCCCCCCCCCCCCCGCUCCACAACCACCAAACCCAUCCCGGGUCUGCGAACAUCAGCAGCAGCAGUAGCAGCAGCAACAAGAACGACAAAAGGGACACUCGAGUACUGGCACCCCCCUCCCACCGUCCACAAUGGACAGCGUCUUCUCAACUUGGCCCAACGUGGAAGCUCGGGUCUCUGCCCGAGGACAAGCGAUGGCCUCUGCAUCGUCCGCUCCUCCUGCCGCCGCAGCUGCCGCAGCAGCAGCCGCAGCAGUAGCGGCAGCUGGUGGCGUCGACGGAUCGACCGGCGUAGCCACUCAGCCGCGCUUCGAGAAACCCGGACUGGAAUCGGACGAGCGGACGACGAUGGUGGUGGCGGGCCCUGGGCACGGAGACGCCGGCACGUCGGGCCUGGCCGGGUCGGUCUGGGGUUCUCCGUGCAGCCCGCCCCAGAGUCCCGGCCCCGUCUCGUCGUCGCACGCCGUCUCGAAGAUCGGGCAGUACCUGCUCCUGGGACCCGUGGCCGGCGAGAGGGUCUUCCGAGCGGUGCACGUCCACACGGGAGAGGAGUUCGUGUGCAAGGUGUACGAGCUGUCGCGCUGGCAGGAGAACCUGGGCGCCCAGCUGCGCCUGAGCGCCCACCCGCACGUCUGCGCCCUGCUCGAGGUGGUGCUGGGCGAGCGGAGCGCCUACGCGCUGCACGAGCGCGCGCAUGGCGACAUGCACGCGCACGUGCGCGCCGCGCGCCGCCUCGCCGAGCCGGAGGCGGCUCGCCUCUUCCGGCAGAUCGCCGGCGCCGUGGCGCACUGCCACGGCGCCGGCGUGGUGCUGCGCGACCUCAAGCUGCGCAAGUUCGUCUUUGCCGAUGCCGACAGGACCACGCUGAAGCUGGAGAGCCUCGAGGACGCGUACGUCCUGCCGGACGACGACGUCGACGACGACUCGCUCUCCAACAAGCACGGCUGCCCGGCCUACGUGAGCCCCGAGAUCCUGAGCGCCGGCUGCGCGGGCACGUACUCUGGCCGCGCCGCCGACGUCUGGAGCCUCGGCGUGAUGCUCUACACCAUGCUCGUGGGACGCUAUCCGUUCCACGACGCCGAGCCGGCGGCGCUCUUCCAGAAGAUUCGCCGGGGCCAGUUCUCGGUGCCCGACUGGGUGUCCCCGAGGGCGCGGUGCCUCAUCCGCAGCCUGCUGCGGCGCGAGCCUUCCGAGCGGCUUCAGGCGGCGGAGAUUCUGGAGCACCCCUGGUUUCGGAUGGACGGGUGCGGAUUUACUUCCAGACCGUGCGGGUCCCGGGAACGCGAACACAACGACCAAGUGGUUCCCGACGUGGACAUGGCCGAGUCUGAGGACCCCUUUUUCAGCUGAGGUGUGGAAGAGAAGCGAAAUUCGGUUUCACUGGAAUAUUUUUUUGUUUUUAGAUUUUUUUUUGUUUGUUUUUUAACCAUCUGCAGAAGAAAAAAACAAUAACUGAGCUAUCCUCCUAUGGAGAUGUGUAGACACGGAAAGAAAAAUUAGACUGUAAAUUCCAGUGGUUUGUUUACAGACAUUUUGAGCGAAUGUUGGUCAAUAAAAAAAACUAAAGCUUGUGAUUAUCCAAAGUCAUGCCGGAUGAUACAAGGUAUUGUUGGGUGAAUAGUUUAUUGAUAAACAUCUUGGUUGACUUAAAGAGUUCCGUCAUGUGAUGAAAAACACUUUACACAAUGUGACUGCGAUUUAAAGGCCUCCGAUGCCUAUAGAUUAACACUAGCGAAACAAGGUGGUCUUGACAUGGGAAAGCUGUUGAAAACUUGAGGAAGAAAACUUGAAAACAAUGUUAGGACUGGGGUUGCCUGACUGGACUUCAUCUUUCCAAGCAUUUUUGUUAAUACAUGUGUAAAUAAGACUUGCCAAGUUUACAUUGGGUCUACUAACUAUCAAAAUUGUUACUGAAUGUGUCCUGAACCAGUACUGAUCCAAUGAAAUGUGGCCGCCACUUAUAUUAAUUGUUGAGCCAAUGGAUGUUGAAUCUUCUUCUCUUCUUCAAAAUGUUAAUAUCGUUCAUAGGAUUUGCAGAGAAAUAGCCUACCCAGUUCAUGAGUCCAGUUCCUGUUUUUUUUAUUUCCAAACUACACCUUACUCGAAGUUUAAACUGUCAAAGAUUUCCAGUACCUGUGGCACAGGACAAGUUUAUUGAAGUUAAUAUUUUGUCUGUUGCAAACAAAUGUAAACUGCCUACUAUUGCCCUUCUGUGCCAUUUGUCAGUAAUGCCACUGUGAAUUUCUCCUUAACCGGCGUCUUGUAUAAAAUCCUUGUAUAUACUUUUUUUUGUAAGUGUAAACACUAGACUGAUAGCCCCAUUUUUGUACAAGUACCAGUUGUGCAAGCGUUAACAAUUGUUAUUGUGCAUAUGUAUGUGUAUUUUGUAAUAAAAAAAGAAUUUAUUAACA